GCGAGAAAGCAUUGUUGAUUUCAGUUUGAAUUAACAGUCAUAGUGCACAAAAAUCUAGAUGUGAUGCUCGGUAAGCUUGGAUUCGGAAGUGCAAGCGAGUAUUUCUGCCGCCGUGUAUCCAGUUGGAAACACGAGCUAUCCUGCGUGCGAGAUAUUCAUAACACCGUUGUACAUAUGGAAAACGUUUUUAUCGCCUGAGCCGGACGGUGCUAAGAAUGGCGCCAAUGCGCCGCCAUUUUCACGAAACUUUACCGUGGCCGUAAAUCGCGAAGACUGUGACGAGGAAGAAUAGCAGCGGACGUCGCGUGCUGAUGGAAAGGUCGUCGGAAAAAUCGCAAAAAAGGCGAGAAUAAUGUGCUGGUCAGUCUGUUUGCACGAAGGGGAUUGAGUUCAAGAAGCAAGAAUGCAAUCUGAAAGCAUAUGUGCUAAUGAUAUUGAGGGUCUGGAUACAGACACUCUUAUACCGGUGGAACUUUUGGCUUGCGAUGUCUCUCCUCACUCGAGACCUCAUGAUGCCACAACGAUAGUAGAGCUUGGUAAGAAGCUUUUACAGUGUGCAAAAAAUGGUGAAACUGAGAGUGUACGGGAACUUAUGUGUAGAGGCGCACCAUUCACCACAGAUUGGCUUGGUACAAGUGCGCUACAUUUAGCUGCACAGAACAAUCAUUUAGAGACUGCUGAAGUCUUACUUAGAGCAGGAAUAUCAAGAGAUGCUAGAACAAAAGUAGAUAGAACUCCAUUGCAUAUGGCAGCAUAUGAGGGACAUGAUCAAAUGGUACAAUUGCUGCUUAAUUAUGGAGCAGAUGUCGAUAGCAGAGACAUGCUAAAAAUGACUCCAUUGCAUUGGGCAGUAGAACGUGAACAUUUAGCUGUAAUGCACAUUUUACUGGACUAUGGAGCUGACACAAAUGCAACUAGCAAAUUUGAUAAAACUCCAAUUAGUCUCGCAUUAGAGCAUGAUAGAUUAGAUUUGGUAGAUAUACUACAACAGGAAAGAGAUAUAACAGGGAUUCAAGCCCAUCAAGAAGAUCAGGUUAAUUCUACGGAGUUGGAAGUAGCCACGCAGAAUUUAGUGCAUUUAGAGACUGAAAGCAAUAGUAGAAGUUCGAUAAUUCAAGAAGAGGAACAGGAAAAGUUUGAAGUAAUACAGCAAAAACAACCUCAAUCUCGCAAACGCAAGCAUUCUCAAGCACAAGUGGAGAAAAAACAAAAAAUGAUUUUUCAACGAAUCUCUGUAUCGCCAAGUCACACAGAUGGUGAACAGGAUAAAGAAGUUGAGGAUGUUGGACUAAUUGAUACAAAUAAUAUUACAAAUAAUAAGAAACAUAAAAACAUUAUGUCUAUAGGAAGUAUCAGUAAACAAUUUGGAUUAUUAGAAGCACAUGGAAUCACAAUGAUACCUGUAGAUGAUGAUUCGUCUAUUGUAGAAAAUGCAAUGGAAAGUGGGAGAACAGUAGUUUUAACAGAAGCUGGGAAACUUGCUUUAAAUUUGACAAAAGGUUCGCCGAUGAAACGUUUGCAAGUUGCUUCACGGAAAGGAACAGGGAGGAAAGUUAUAACAAUUAGAACAGAUCAAAUUCAGUCAUCCAAGAUUCUUAAUCCUAAUUCUAACACACCUAUUACUUCACGGGGUCCAAAUAUCUUGAGAAGAUCUCCUGUAGAUAAAACUACAAAGUUAUUUGUUACAACAAUUCCUAAUACUACAACAAUAUCUACUAUCACCGAAAUCAAGAAUUCUUUUUCAUCAAAGGAGAGAGUUGCAAAUUCUUCAACAAAAUUUGCGGAACCAACCAUUUUAGAACUAGACGAUGAGAUAGAAGAAAUUAUAGAAGAAGAUAGCGCAGAGAAAGAGCCAGAGACGGAUAUAGCGGUACUGAAUAGACAAUUAGCGGAAGCACGGAGACAAGCUGCAGAGUAUCGUAAGCAAUUGGAAGAAAAAGAAAAAGAAGCAGAAAUUUACAAACAGCAACUUAAAAAUAUUGCAGCCCAAAUAGCAUCUAAGUGAUUUUUUACAGAUUAUAUUUCAUAUAUAAUUUCGCAGCAUGCAAAUCCGAUUGUUUUGAUAUUAAAAGAACUUUGCAACGUUGUUUGGCACAUUUUAUCAUAUUAUUGAGAUCGUGAUACUAAUUAAAAUUCUCUUUUUGUAUCUUAAUUUUCCAUAAAUACGAAACAAUCUGGUAUUUUUAUUAUGAAUUGUGUUUAUCAUUUUACAAGCAAUAACUUUAAAAAGCUGAAAAAUUGACAUGCAAUAAGCAUAUAAAAACUGAUUCAAAAUGAACAUUGUUCAGAAUGAACAAUGUUUAUAAUAAAUUUAUUUCUCUUUAGCAGACAUGAAUUAUUCUUUUAAUUUUACAUUUAUAUUGUAAAAAACAUUAAUUACGUAAUUGAACAAAUAAUUCUACAAUUCGACAUGUGAAUGCAGAACAUGUAAAUGUACGAAAUUUUGCUUUCCACAUAAUGUAGUUAACUUAAUCUGUUUAUUAUCAAUCUGCAUAUAUAAAAUAUAUAUCAUAUAUAUUUUUGUUAAGUAACUAAAAAGUUGGAGGGAUUGCUUCAUUUAAAUUCUUAUCCAGAAAUAGAUAAGUAUUCGUUAUCUCUCUGUAUCGGAAGUUUAUAUGACUGAAUCCAAGCAUAUCCUAGCUCAUUUUGUACAAAGUAUAAGUUUUACCUCCUUUUUGUAAUAGAUAUAAAUAUAAAUUAAUUUUUUAUACAUAAAAAGAAAGCUAACUGGCCAAUUAUUUUUCUUCGAUUACUUUUUCGAUACUAUUUAAAAAAGAACGUUGAUUGUGUUGGUUGCUUUCUAAUAUUCAUCCGAUAUGAUAGUCAUUUCUGCGUGCAGUAUUAGUCAUUAAAUAGAGGAUGCGCGAAAGAGCGCAGCACAAAGAUUAAUGCCGUUAAUGUUUAUAAACUAUUUACUAUGUAUUUUAUAUGCAUAUUGUACUUUUAUAUGUAUCACAAAAUAUGCUUCUAUGACCGUUGCUAAGAAUUGAUUACUAUAGAUACUGAGAUAGAGUAUAAAAUACCCUUGAAAUUGUUGAAUUUUUGAAAUGCGAAGUUUAUGUAAAUUUCCUGGAGUUACGAUUCACAUUAUUACAGAAUUGUAUAUUGUUGAUGCAUCGGGCAUCCACCAAGAAAUGGAUUUGCUCGUGCUUGUAAAUAGAAUAUACAUAAUGUGGAAAGCAAAUCGAUUUGAUCAAGUCUUCAGCGCUAUAUGAUAUGCUUAAGAUAAUUUCGCAUAGUCCACUCGACUAGUACACUACGUCGCUUCGCAUAUUUUAAUUUAUAAUAAUGCGGAACUCUUGCAUUCCAAGUACUUCUUCAGCGGCUGCUCCAUAAUUUCGGACAGCUGUCGCGAAAGUGUGUGAAAAAAGGAAAACUAAAUAUAUAUAGUCAUUAUUAGAAAAUUCGACCAAUGUAAUCUAAUCUAAAGAUACUAUCGAACAAAUUGCGAAACAAUGAGAUGAAAUAGUGUACAGCAGAGGAUGCAGAGGAAAGUAGUUGACCUCAGGUACAAAAAGAAAAUGUCUUGUAUAAAAGCCCUACGGCAAAAAGUUGUGGAAUGCAACGGUCUAUACUUAGGAUAUGACUUUUCUAGCCAUGUAAUAUUGUAAAUAUAACUUUAUACAUAAAAGCUAAUAAAAGUUGUUAAUUACGAG